CACACCUGCGCUGAUUAUUCUGCCACAAGCCACAAGGCGGCCAGACAAUAUUUCCAUAUUUGUUAGCCUCACUCAAGCUACCUUGUACUUACCAAAUCCCCUCGACCACCCCACAAUCGUAGUCAUAUUCCUCGAACAAUGGAUGUCACCAAAUUUGUCGUGGAGGGACGAGAUGAAGCGAAACUGUACGGCGACUCCUCCGCUUAUCGAGGUCGACUUUCAAAUAGAAUUCAUAAUUUAAGAAAGAAGCUUGGAAUUGCGACGAAGCCCCGCGCAAAGUACUCCAACAGGCCAGUGACAGCAGAAGAUAUUGGUCAAAACCAUGAGUAAAUCCGCUUUCCAUGACCCGCGAAUUAUACUAAGGGAAACUAUAGAUAUGUUCAUCUCCUAUUGCUCACUUCUGAACGAGCUUGGGCGCAUGCUAUGUCUAUGAAGGAGGUACACUCUGCCGAUACAAAAGGAAUAGCUGGCUCAGCUCGAUCGCAUAUUAUUUCUCGAUUACAUAAAUCUACAAUAUAUGCCAAUAAUCUCUUUCAACUUCUGUCUAAUAAAUCAACUACAAAUGCGAACGAUGUUGACAUAUUGGAAGCUCGCGCAUAUGCUGCUUCUCUUGCCGGUGCAAUGGAAUUCGAGAAACAAAGUUGGGAGGCUUGUGUGAAGAGUUAUUCAGAGGCUAGAAUCAUAUAUACUGCACUCUCUAAGGUCACCAAAACAGACAUCUUCAAGGAUCUAUUGGGUGACCCCGUUGAUCCGAGCAUAAGAUAUGGAGCCUAUAAGAUGGGAAUGCCACGGACAUUAGCUAUUUCCGUUAUUGCACGAAAGAAUUUCCCCUCGGAUCCUAAUUUGGCGUCACAAGUGGAAGAAUUGGACCCAAACUGUUUGAAAGACGAAACAACAACGACCAAGUUUGAUCAUGUGGAAUCUGGUGAUACACCAAAAACAAUAACGUGGCGAUCUCGAACAGUCGAGCUGGAAGAUGCAGCAAUUGCUACUGCGCUGGGAUCGGUGAAAUCAGCUUCAGAUAAACUAUCUGAAGUUCUUUCCUCUGACACUAUGAAGAGUCCUAAGGAUAGAGGUUCCGCGUAUGAUGACAUUCUUAUUGCUAGUCAAGACGUAGUCGAUGCCACAAAGCAUGCAAUUGACGAGCUAGUAUCUGAGGGUGUCGGACAGAGCGACAAGCGAAUGCAAAGUCUUUUAGUCACUAGGACUGCUGUUAGCUACGAUAUGAUCGGCUGGCGUAUAGGCAGGAAUAGAGUCAUGGUAGGACAACAAGAUGGCAUUCUUGACUAUGUCCAAUCUUUGCCUUCAAAGAAAGGCAGCAAGAAAUCAAGCAAAGAUGAAUCUACGGGACGUAAACUUGCAAAGUUACGGGAGAAAGUUGUUCUCUAUGAUGCGAUACUGCAAAGUGUCGAGUCAAUCAAAGAGCUUCCUGGUGUCGCAGCCGAUUCCACUCUACAGGAAGAGCUAGAUGCAAAAUAUAGCUAUUUUCAAGCACUUAAGUAAGUAAAAGUAACAGCUUUGGCAUAUCAUAUGAAUUUCAACUGACCGUUGAAAUAGGUGUUUGACAAUAGCUCGCUCCCAUGCAAUUCUUUCAAAUCCUAAAAGUGCACUAGCUCUCCUAAAUCGUGCAACAGAAAAGUGCACAUCCGCCAACUCACAACUCUCUUCAUCGAUGGACACAAUGAUUAUUGCCACCCCACCAAACUUGGUUGUCACCCCCUCCGAAUCUCUGAACCUUCUCACUUACCUACAAUCCGAACUUCAACGCUACCGCGCUUUGGUUGAAAUUUUCAACCUCACCUCCACCUUCUCAAAACCUGGCAAUGAGAACACUCAUCAAAAGCCUCUUGUUGAAUGUUUAAACGAGUACCCAACUAAUGGGGUUGUUGAUCUCAAAAACCUCGUUACAUUUCCUCCGAAAAUGGAGGUUGUACCCGUCAAACCGUUGUUCUUCGACGCAGCGUGGAAUUACAUUGACUAUCCGGGAAGAACAGUAGGGAAAGCCAUAGAGAGAACUGAUGUGGAGGAGGAAGCAACGGAGACAGAAUUACAACCGCCACAGCAACAACAGCAGAAGAAAGGUUGGUUUGGUUUCGGUAGAUAAAAAUAGGAUACAGAAGACAAUUGCUGCAUUAUAUAGAGCUUCUACAGUACUAAGCUAGAUGAUUACAAGUGCUACAAUAAUAUGAAUUCUUCGAGGACUGAACUCCUUUUGGAUUUCCUUAACCCAUCUCAU